AUAUCGCAGGAAAUAGAAAUUAAAAAGCUGUAAGCGAGACUUAUCUCACGCAGAAAGCUCUCAUACUCGUAAUUCAUUUGUCAUUCCCCCGUUCCGUCAUUCUUUUCUGCUAAAAAUUUUAUUUAUUACAGAAGAGGAAAAAAAAAUUAUGUCACAGAAAAGAAUAUUUUAUUCAAUACUUAUUCUGACAACUUCAUUUUUGAUCAGGGAUAUUUUAAUAUAAUCUAUUGCUUAUCUUUGUUCAUUUUUAUCAGUUUGUAUUGAUAAAAAUAUUAGGAACAAACACGGUUCACCAGUAAAUAUCGAACAUCAUCACUUCCAUUUUGUAAUCGGUUAUUUCAUUGUUAUUUAACCUUUAAAGUGUUACGUCUUAUUGCAUGGAGCUUCUGUAUAAAGGAUUAGAUAAUAUCUGGAAUCUGAACCAUGGCCAAAUUUAGGCAGUUUUUACUCCUCAUUUGGAAGAAUUGGAAACUGCAGAUUCGUCAUCCAUGGGUGACAUUACUAGAAUUAGGUGUCCCUGCUUUCUUCUCAUUGAUUCUUGUUCUAGUUCGAUCUGCCAUUAGCUCUGAAUAUGUAAGCCAGGUGACAGUCUAUGAGCCUUUCGGCAUUGACGCUCUACCUCAGAACUUGACACCCUCAUUUUUAUAUGAUAAAAACCAAUGGACAUUGUUAUUUACACCAAACACACCUUUUCUGGAAGAUUUUAUGAAAGGAGUUUGUGAUGAUUUGAAAGUUGUUCCAAAAGGAUUUGAUAAUGAAACUUCGCUUGAAGAAUAUUACUCAAGAGCAACAGGAUCAUCACUUGCAGGUGUUGUAUUUGAUGACACGUUGAAAGAUGGUCUUAAUUUUACAAGCAAUUUGACAUUUACUAUUCGUCCACGAUCUGCAGAACCCCCUAAUAACCCUCUUCAAUCAACCAUAAAAUUUUGGUUUACGGACAGAACCUUUCCUUUGAUGCCAGCUUUGGGACCUAGAAACAGAGAAAACACUUGGGGAGGAAAUCCAGGUUAUAUGUCAAAGGGUUUUCUACCCAUACAGCAUGCAAUAUCUAAGAAUUUUAUGAAGUUAUUAGAUCCAGAUUCUCUUCAAAAGUUGGAUUUUGAUGUUCUGAUGAACAGAUACCCAUAUCCCCCUUUCCUGGAUGAUAGAUUCGUUAUUGCCUUGUCUCUUUUUUUCCCAAUGAUCAUCUGCUUCAGCUUCAUCUAUCCUGCUGCAAACAUUGUUAAAAAUAUUGUAGUGGAAAAGGAGAAUAAAAUCAAAGAAGCCAUGAAGAUGAUGGGUUUAAGCAAAUGGUUGCACUGGACUGCUUGGUACCUAAAGUAUCUUUUGUUCCUCUGCAUUUCCUGCAUGAUCAUAACCUUCCUACUUUGCCUCAAGUUUAAAGAUAUAGCUGUAAUUAAUCAAAGUGAUCCAUUCCUAAUAUUCUUAUGGCUUCUGGUAUACACUGCAAGUUUUAUUUGCUUCUGUUUUCUGCUCAGUACCUUAUUCAAUAAAGGCAAUUCUGCUGCUGCUGGUGCCGGUGUUAUUUGUUUCUUAACUUUUGUACCAUAUUUCUUCAUUGUGCCAAGAUACCAACAAAUGUCCUAUGCAAUAAAAAUAGCAAGUUGCCUUUUACCAAAUUUGGCUCUUUCUGUGGGCUCAAUUGUGCUGACUACUGCAGAAGCUAUAGGAAAUGGCUUACAAUGGGACAAUUUUUCUAGCCCUCCUUCUGCUGAUAGUGAUUUGGCUAUGUCCACCAUUUUGGUUAUGCUUGUUAUAGAUGGAAUCAUCUAUCUGAUAUUGACUUGGUACAUAGAUGCAGUUUAUCCUGGAGAAUAUGGUGUCCCAGAACGAUGGUACUUCUUUAUUACUCGAUCAUAUUGGUUUGGAAAUGCCUCUAGUAUCUUUGACCUAGAGCAGUUUUAUAAUUCGGACGUCAAACAGACAGAAUUUUUUGAAAAUGAUCCUGAAGAACUCAUGCCUGGUAUUCAGAUUUUAAACCUUACUAAGGUGUAUGGUAAAGCUGCACCUGCUGUGAAUAACAUAAACAUUAAUAUGUUCAGAGGACACAUAACUGCUCUGUUAGGGCAUAACGGUGCAGGGAAAACUACCACAAUAUCCAUGCUGACAGGUUUAAUCACCCCUACCUCUGGUACGGCUAUUGUGAAUGGGUGUGAUAUUCGUGAAGAUAUGGAUAGUGUUCAUUCAAAUCUAGGAAUUUGUCCACAACACGACAUUCUAUUCAAUGAAUUGACUGUAGAAGAGCAUUUAUAUUUCUUCUGCAAGCUGAAAGGUUAUUUGUCUGAUUUGGUGAACUCUGAAAUUGAGCGUAUAAUUUCUUGUUUGUCACUGGAACCGUACAGAAAAACUCAAGUUCAGUAUCUUUCAGGAGGAUGGAAACGUAAAAUCUCUGUUGGAAUUGCUUUUGUUGGUGGAUCAAGAAUAGUAAUACUGGAUGAACCCACAUCAGGCAUGGAUGCCUUCAAUCGCAGAGCAUUGUGGGAAGUGUUAGAAGCAGAAAAAGAAGAUCGCACCAUACUCCUAACCACACAUUUCAUGGAAGAAGCAGAUGCCUUGGGUGAUCGUAUAGCCAUCAUGGCUGACGGAGAGAUACAAUGCUGUGGAUCACCAAUAUUCCUCAAGAAAAAAUAUGGUGCAGGAUACCAUUUAACAAUGGUGAAAGAACCGGACUGUGAUACUACUUUAAUCACCAAAACAAUUCUCUCUCGAGUCCCAAAUGCAGAAGAAACCUCAAACAUUGGACGAGAAUUGAAGUACAGCUUGCCUACAGAAAGCAGCCAUUUGUUUUGUGAUCUUUUCACUGAGUUGGACCAGCGAAGAAGUGAACUAAAAAUUUCUAGCUAUGGAGCUUCUAUAACAACAAUGGAAGAAGUAUUUAUUAAAGUGGGAAAUAAAGUGUCUGUUGCAAGUGGAACAGAUAUAGAAACACCAGUUCCAGAAAGUAAAGAAUCCCUUUCCUCUAACACAGACAGUGGAAUUCAUGAGAAUGCAGCUUAUGUAGAUGAUUCCGGUAUGGAAGUAGACCUUCAGAGUUUGAAUGAGUGCCAAAUUCAAUCACGAAACAGUGGAUGGAAGCUCUAUAUGCAGCAUCUGCGUGCCCUUCUAGAAAAAAGAAUUCUUCACUCGUACAGAAACAUUGCCCUCACCAUAUCGCAGCUCUUCCUCCCUCCCAUGUUCCUCAUUCUCACAAUGAUCGUCUUAAAGACCCUCCCUAAACCAAGAGACGCCCCACCCUUGCCUCUCGGACUCUACCCUUUUAGAGGCACAGAGAUUCCCUAUGCGGCAGACGCUUCAAAUGAGAGUCAAGCACUGUCUAGUAUAUAUGCUUCCCAAUUUCAGCUACCCGAUUCUCCAGUUUAUGUGAACAAAAGCAUGACAGAAUACCUUCUGAGCAAAGGUAAAGAAGAUAUAGGGAAGUACAAUAUGCACAAUAUGAUUGGCGCUAAGUUUGAAAAGAGUGGCCAAAAGGCUAUCAUUACUUCUUUGUUUAAUAAUAAGGCCUAUCACACUCCUGCUAUAGCUCUUUUGGAAAUUGAAAAUGCACUUUUGAAGUAUUUUACAAAUGAAUCGUACACAUUUUCAGUUACAAAUUUCCCUAUGCCAAGGACCAUUGGAGAAAAGCUGAUGCAAGAACAAACUCAGGCUACAGAAUCCUAUCAAAUAUCCCAAGACAUAAUGUUCGGAAUGUCCUUUCUCAUUGCAAGCUUUGCUGUCUUUAUUGUGAAGGAGCGAGCAUCUAAUUCUAAGCAUCUCCAGCGUGUGAGUGGCAUGAGUCGAUCCUCCUAUUGGCUGGCUUCUUUUCUCUGGGAUUUUCUCAACUACAUGAUUCCUUGUUGCUUAGUUUUUCUAGUCUUUAUAGCCUUCAAAACUAAGGGAUUUAGCUCUUCUGUGGAAAUAGGUCGAGUGUUUGUUCUCUUCUUUAUUCAUGGUUUUGCAGUUUUGCCUUUCGUGUACUGUUGUACUUUUGCUUUUUAUUCUCCGUCGACAGCAUAUGUUCGAAUCAGCAUUUUCAAUAUACUUGCAGGUAUUGCUCUCCUUUUAACAGUUACAAUUUUGGAAAUCCCCGAUCUUGAUGUAAGCUACGUUGCCAAGCCACUGGAUAUCCUUUUCUCUAUAUUGUUGCCCAAUUAUGCAUUGGGUCGUGGAGUCUCGAAUUUAUAUCAGAACAACUUAUACAAUGAAUUGUGUAACAAUGAGAGGGCUUUCAUUGGUUGCAUUAUAGGUGCUCCUGAAGCUAUGCCUUGCUGCAAAGGAAAAUGUAAAGAUAUUUGUGUGCCUUGGGAAGAAAAUUAUUUUACUCUAACAAGUCCUGGAAUUGGAACUCAACUUAUAUGUUUAUCAUUUCAAGCUAUUCUCUUCACCGUACUGCUCGUUUUGUGUGAAAUGAAUUUCGCUCGUUACAUCAGAUAUUUGAUAAAAAGCCGAAAAAUCGUUCCCACCAUUUCUUCAUUAGAUGAACUUGAAAUUGAGACUGUGGAAGAUGACGAUGUCCGCAGUGAAAGACUUCAAAUCCACAACACUCCUCUUAGACAGCUAUUUGCUUAUAAUCAUCUGGUUGUCAUAGAUUUGGUCAAGAAGUAUGGAGGCCUCACGCCCGUGAAUAAAGUAUCCUUUGGCGUCCAGAAAGGAGAGUGCUUUGGUCUGCUUGGUGCAAAUGGUGCUGGGAAAACUACAACCUUUAAAAUGAUAACAGGCGAUGUCACCAUAUCAUCCGGUGAAAUCUAUGUUGAUGGUUUUAAUAUAAAAAAACAAAGCAGAAAGGUCCAAGGUCGAAUUGGAUACUGCCCUCAGUUUGAUGCACUGAUUGACGAACUGACUGGACGUGAAACUCUAACAUUAUUUUCUCGAUUGAGGGGCAUUCCAAAUGAACAGAUUGCAGGUCAAAUUAAGUACUACAGUGAACUCCUCACUUUUAAUGCCCAUGUGGAUAAAUUAGUCAAACAUUACAGUGGUGGUAAUAAACGGAAGCUAAGCACAGCUGUAGCACUGGUUGGUGACUCUCCAGUUAUUUUCCUGGAUGAACCCACAACUGGAAUGGAUCCAGUGUCACGCCGUUCCAUGUGGGGUGCACUACUUCAAGUCAUGCAGUCAGGCCGUUCUGUUAUUUUAACAUCACACAGUAUGGAAGAGUGUGAAGCUUUGUGUACACGCCUAGUCAUUAUGGUCAAUGGUCGCCUUUGCUGUCUCGGUAGUCCUCAACAUUUAAAGACCAAAUUUGGACGUGGGUUCACGCUUACCAUUAAAGUUGGCCGGAGACCACUAGCCAUGAACAUACAUUUAAACGAUGCUGCGAGGAAUGUUGAAACAGUACAGGGAACUUCAGGUGAUCCUUCAAGACGUAUUUUGGUGCCAACAAAUGGUGUCCUCAAAAAUGACAUAGGUGACAUAAAAGCAUUUGUCAUGAGUACUUUUGUCAAUGCCACAUUAAGAAGCGCUCAUGAAAACCAGAUUCACUUUCACAUUGCCAGCACCAGAUUGAACUGGGCAGAAAUCUUUGGCAUCAUGGAAAGAGCCAAAGUCAAUUUGAACAUUGAGGACUACACGGUUGGCGAAACAACUUUGGAACAAGUUUUUCUGAAUUUUGCCUCCGCUCAAAGACCCGAUGAGAGACUAUAAUGAAUUUAGAUUUUUUUAAAUUUAAUAGCUUGUGCAAUUAUUAUUAUUUUUUCAGAAAUUUUCUGUGUUUGAACCACAAUAUUUUGAAUAUUUAUAAAUAUAUUUAUAUUGUUCCAAAAAAAAAUGCUGUGUUAUCUUCUGAAACUGUGAUGCUUUUUGUGCCUUAUGAAAACUGGGUAUCAAUUAUUUGCCGGUUUUUAGCUAUUUUAAUUAAUCUUUGCACUAGGAAUAUAGUUUAAUGUACAAAAACUAUAUUGUGCUUAUGAGGUGACAACAGCAAAUAUAGCUUGCACAUACAUUGAACUUCACUUUAGUUAUAAGUCCUUAAACUAGAUGAUUUAAAAUUACUUUUAAUGAAAAAUUUGAAAAUACAAUUUGAUUUCAACUGAAAUUAUUUUUUCAUUAGAAAUAAUAAUGAGAAAUAAAAUUAUUUGUUUUCUAUUCCAUGAGAUUUUUUAACAUAACUUAGAUACUUUUGCGUUGCUGAUUUCAAAUCUGAAAUUUGUUUCUCUCUACAAACUACAGUUCCUAUGCAAUUUAAUAACAUAUUAUGUAGUUUCCUCAAGUGUUCCCACUUCUCUCUUGUUGUAAGGCAUAGUAGGAAUAAGACUAUAAUACAUUUCAGUUUAUAUUGUGAUAAGUUAUGGUUAUGCGUUUUUUGUCUUAAGUGUUAUUUUCAGAAAAGCAGACCAAGCUAUAUGUUCUUUUUAAACUUGUGCAUUCAGGCAAUAAAAUAAAAUAAAAAUAAAAUUUUGAAAAAAAAUCUGAAGUUUUUUAAUUAAACUCAUUUCAGAUUUGAAAUCCUCACACCUGAAUUAAGUAUCAAUUACUUGUAUAAAUGCAACCAAAAAAUUUGCUCCCCAGUGUUAUUAAAUUUUACUGAUUUUUAGUUAUUUUAGUUGAUUUUUUACACUAUAGAUUAUAGUAAAAUGUUUUUUAAAAAAAUCUAAGCAUAUAAGGUGACGGUAGCAAAUAUAACUUGCACUAUUGCACGUUUAUUGGACUUCAUUUUAGUUAUUGUAAGUCCUUACACCAAAUGAUUUGAAAGUACUUUUAAAGAAAAUUGAAAUGUAAAAUUUGAUUUUAAUUAGAACAAUUUAUUCAUAAAUAAUAAAUUUCUAAACAUGAUUGCUGUAUAAAUCAAGUAAAUCAUAUUUGUUUGUUUGUCUAAAAUGUGUGUUGUUCAAAAAUGUUUAAUUUUAAAACAUUUUUUAAGAGCUUGACAACGAAAAAAAUACUUUAAAAAAAACUUAAUUUAGUUUUCUGUUCAUUAUUAUUCAAGGAACAACCCCUUGUAUAGGUUUAAAAAUGCUGUGCUACCUAGUGGGUAAAAGAAAGUUAAAACUUUGAGUUUGUAUUAAAA